AUGGCGAAUAUUUCCCUGGGGAGAAGCAUUUGCCCUCUUGCCCUCUUCCUUCUUACCACUUUGACUUGUGGCGCAGCACUUGCACAAGAGGCUCAAGGACAACAAAAGGAAAACAAUGCUUUUCCACCACUAUGGCACCUUGCACCUGGAAACUUGGAAGAUUACCCCAGAGAGAGGAACAGGAUUGUCAUCAAUGCCUGGAGCUACUUGGAGAGAUUGGGAAUGUAUAAGAUCUUGAUUAACAGCUCAUUCAGUUCUUCCACUAGCCAUCAACACAGGGAUGCCAGCAAUAUUUUAUGGGGCUUGCCCUUGCAGCACGGCUGGCAAUUCGAAACAGGCAGACUAGCUGAUCCUACUGAUGCCACAACAUGUGGCCAUAAAGAUGGAGAUAAUUUGUGCAUAUCUGUACAGAGCUGGUGGGCAUGUAUGAAUUACUACCUAGCAGUUAUUCCAUUUCUGGGGGCACUGGAUAGUGGCAUCCUUGGAGAGCUGCCAUAUGAGAUAGAAAUAUUGCCCCCAGAUGGGCACAGAGCUGACUUCUGCCACAGCAUUGCUGAAUGCCGUGCCCAGGCACCAAAUGUUAUGUCCGCCUGGAGGGAUUUCUUCAAGUAUCAAAUGUCAGCUGCCCAGAACUCUGACAUUUCUGCACCGCAUUUGCUUUCGGAAGAUGAUGCAUUGAAGCACAUGUGGGAAGCCCAUGUCUACUCCAUUGUGUUUGCAUUGCCCAAGUUUCAAAACAGGCUACCAUUCCUCAGUAGCUCGGAAAGCAGCUUUGGGGUGGCAUGGGCUACUGCCGUUCACUUCAUUGCUGCUACACGUUUUCCUACGGACCAGAACACUACAAAUCAUUUCCAGACUGGGUUACCACCUCGAAUGCUUCAGGAAGGGGACAAAGCACCUUUCAUUCCAGACUUUACCCCUGUGCAGAAUAGGAUGGUGUAUAUGAUUGAGACUCUUCACAAGGCAAAUGAGAAAUCAGGAGGAAUGUUGCUGCUGCUCUGGAAAGUGGCCAUGUCUACUGAAGAACAAAGAAAAAUUGGUCGUAGUCUUAUUGAACUUUUGUUUUCAGGCGCCUCCUUUAUGGUGCCUAAUUUUUAA